AUGGAGUGUUUAAUAGGAAUUCAAGGUCCCGACUUUGUCCUAGUUGCUAGUGAUUCUGGUAGUGGGAGAAGUAUUAUACGCAUGAAAGAUGGUAAGGUCAUUUUUAAAUUUGAUGCAUCCGUUAAAAGGAUCGCUGCAAAUGCGUUCGAUUGUGAAAUGUGACAUGACAACCGAACGCGCCAUUAGGCCAGUUCGUCAGUGAUCAUGACUCAGGUCUUUUGUCAAAGUUUACCGCUUUUUGUCGCUUUUAAGUUUUCUAUUUUCUUGUAUUUGUCUUUGAAAAAAAAAAGUCAGGUGAAACUUUUCUCAAAAUGUUCUGAAAUAUUUUACUCUGAAAGACUUGUCAUCACUUAACUAUAUCCAGAAGUUUUUACAUUUGUUUUUCCAUUCGUUUUUUUCACUCUCUUCAUGAAAUUUUGCCAAGUGAAUAAGUAUUUGAAGAUGCUGGAAAUACCAUUCUUUGGUGGGUUGAUUAAUUUUGUUAUGGCUGGGAAUCGAGGACAAUUACCUGCUCAGGAAUUAAACCUGAACUUCUAAACCAGAGCAGAACACACUUACCGCUCUUCAGGGUUCUUACAAAGUGAAGGGACCCAUGUACCAGAACCAUUAUACACUCUUGUCAAUCAGGGCCUACCUUUGCUUAGGAUUUGAGAAGUUCACUUCAAAUAAGAUUUUUUUCAGACCACUUUCUUAGGGUAGCUCUAAUACUUGAAAAUUUUUUUAAUUCCCAGACUAUCACCCAAUGUGCUACAUCACCCUUCCAAAUUGACUUGUAUUUCCUUAUAAAACAAGGAGAAAUUAAUUUUGUUUCAGAAGUCCCUAAGGGCUUAACUUCCCGCAUGCCUUCAACUGGUCAAUGAAUUACUAUGAAUGUUGUUUGUGUAGACCAGGACAAAAUGUUCAAGUUGAGCAGCAAAUUGUUGAUGCUGGUGACUGGGGAAGCUGGAGACACAGUGCAGUUUGCUGAGUACAUGGAAAAAAAUAUACAGCUGUACAAGAUGAGAAAUGGUGGGUCUUGUUAAUACGAUACAUUGACAUUGUUGCUUAAAUUACUAUUUUCACCUUCAGUAAAGGCUUAAAAUUGGCUAGCAAAGGCUUAUUUACUGUAUUUUUCUUUUAUGAAAAGUGGGUCAUUACUUUGGAUUUUGAAAACCAGUGGAGGGUUGGGGACAACUAAAUUUCUUUUAGGAGCUUAGGACCUAGAGGGAAGAGGAGAAGGGAAGGGGGGGGGUAAGAACUUUUGUCUUUGAUUGUCCUCUCUCCUCUCUCCUCUCUCUAUGCACUUAAACCCUGAAUUAAAAAUGAUCCCAGUGAAGGGUCACAAGCUUGUAGCGCUAACUUGAUCUCCUUAAUAAGACAUCUACAUUCCAUGUUACAACUGUGAUAAUGGGCAAAAUAUAGCAUUGAAAUUCAGCCAAAGAUUGUACUUAAAAUGGCAUCUCAUCAUAGUUGUUGUAAUGACGUCAACUAUCAUUCGAAGAUCACAAAGAGAACUCUUGAGUAGAAUCUUCAAAGAUUUUGUAUUAACAGAAGUAACAGUAAUAAAUGAGUAAAAUGUGGUUUCUUCUUGUGGAAAAGCAGCUAUGAAUACUUUUUUCCUUCAAAUUGUUAGGAUAUGAACUUACUCCUCAUGCAGCAGCCAACUUCACAAGGCGAAACUUGGCAGAUGCUCUACGAAGUUCUGUAAGUAUAAGUUUAAGGCCAUGCCCUUUUUUGUUACAAAAAGUGUAAUGGUACCAAAUGAAAAGUUUGACUGAAAUGAAAGAAAGAGUUUUCAGUCCAAGCUUUUCUUUCUAAGCCAAUUAUCACCGCAUUUUGAACAAGCAAAGUUGAAACCAAACCUAUAUAGAGAAAAGAAAGCCCCUUUAGGAAGUGCAUUAUGUGUCAAUUAGAUUGUUAAUGAUUUAAUAAUGAUUUAUGUUUAUUUCUCUGUUUACUAGUCUGCUUACCAAGUCAAUUUGCUGCUAGCUGGUUAUGAUGACACAGAAGGUCCAGAACUUUAUUACAUGGACUGGCUGGCUUCACUUCAAAAGGUUUGUCUAGUCUCUUUUUAUUGGAGUGUGUGAUAGGUGCUGUGUUUGAAUAGGAAUAUUCCCUCCUUCUAUUUGAGAUAUCACAAUUUCCAAGAAUAUUGAGCACAUUAGAUAUAUGAUCCAGCCAGCAAUGCUGUCUCUGCCAUUUCCUUUUAGUCAGGUAGACAAAGGGUAAGCUUAACUUGUUAUCUCCCAAGAUCUAAUUGUUAAUUCUCCCCUCUAGCUGCUACACAUUUUUUUGUAAAUUAGUUACAAGAAUUUGUUAGUAGAUGAAAAUAGCAACUUCUUCGCCGGAUAAUGUAAGGGUAUUAUAGGAAUAAUUUACAUGUUGAUUACUUGGAUCAAUAUCAGUAUCUGGGCAACUGGCUACUUACCCCUCCCCUAACUCAACAACAGUCAAUUGAUAACAAGUUAGGGUUAAUUUUGGGCUAGGGGAGUAGGUGGGCAGUUGCCCAGAUACUGAUACUGAACCAUUACUUCUGGGAGUUAAAGGUUUCAGGAAAGUCACGAAGCAGUUGGCAAAAUAAUGCAGAUGUUUCAACCUUAACAUAAAAACUUCCUGGAAUAUUUCAGCAAACAAGUUGUCUUGACCCUCUUAACUGUAAUAGUAAGUUUCACCCUUACAAUAUCACCCUUAACCCUUUAACUCCCAUGGCUGACCAAGACAGAAUUUCUCCUUACAAUAUCAAUACAAUAUCAACCAGAUAAGUGUCAAGAAUAAAGAAAAAUAUCAGUUUGGGGAUAAUUAGUUGAUCUAAUACUAAAUUCUGGGAACUACCAUUGUAAGAAUUGUAUGUUUGACAAUAAAGAGAAUUCCAAGUUUGAUCCAGGAGUUAAAGGGUUAAAUGAAACAUUAAGGAAUAAAGGAAAUGAUCACCAACUCAAGAAGCUUUUGACUGUUAAGCAAAUACUCCUUGUCAGCAGGAAAUGUUUUGAGCACAAUAUGGAGAAUAUGCAUACUGAUGUUAGGGUAUAGAAAAUAGGGAAAAUGAAAGACUUUAAGGCAGUUGUCAAGUUAUUUUGAUAUGUGCAGGUGCUUAACAUUUUCCUUUUUUUCUUUCUUUUUUAUCAGAUCCCAUUUGCUGCACAUGGUUAUGGAUCAUUCUUCUCCCUGAGUAUUUUGGAUCGCUAUUACAAACCAGGUACAUUGAUGGUUUACUUGAUUGUACAGAAUGAAAUUACUCAAUGCUCAAUGACACGCACACAAAAAAUUAAUAAAUAAACAAGGAAUUGUGCACAAGGAAUGAAAUAAACAGAGGAUGAAAAGCCACCUGCAGAUAAGUCAUCAUGGAAAUCCAAAAUCCAAAUAUUUCCAACAAUACAAGGAGUUCAGAAUACGUAAAUGAUGGAUCGCUGUCAGUAUCUGAACAACUGCGCACAUACCCCUUCCCAAACCCAACGUUAACCCUAACUUGUUAUCAGCUGACUGUUGUGGGGUAGGGGAGGGGUAGGUGCGUAAAUGCUCAGACACUGGCAUUGAUCCUAAACGAUUUUAUAAACACGGAGUGAGUAAACGUCUAGUUAUGUGUCUUUGUCACCGCACCUUGAUAUUUUGUUUGUAGCUUAAGUUAGUGAUAGCUAUGUUUAAGAACACUUAUUUUUUAGAUAGUUGAAGUUUGAAUGUCAUUUUUUUUCUUAACUAGGUUUAAGCCGUGAAGAGGCUACGGAGCUCCUUAAGAAAUGCAUUGAAGAGGUAACAUAGUACGAGAAGUGAUAACCUCAUAAAAAGAAAGCAACGCUUCUUGAAAUUAACGCGAAUGUUGAAGAUUUUCUUUAAUUACAUAUUUUCUUUUUUUAAUUUUUACUAAGCACUUAGCUUCGUGUUGUUCAAUGUAGUUUUUUUGGCGACCAUACUUUUUGUACUAGUCUAAUGUUCCAUUUUUCUAAGAGGGCGUUUUUAUCGGUCCAUGUGAGCUCCUUUUUUUUAUAAGCCAAGGAUCCCUACUUCGUUACGUUAUGGCCAUCAGGGUAUUUGGUCACUUCACCGACAUGUCAAUUCGCCGACAAACAACUUGCCAACAUCUUGGGUAACUUCGUUGACAUCUUCGGUUACUUCGCCAAUGUCAAGAAUUAAUUUUUAGUCAGAGUUUUCAUUAAAGGGAUUAAUUUGAACAAACUGCAAAUGCAAACCGAAGUUGUCGGCGAGGUGACGUCGGCGUGUCGGCGAGUUGGUUGACGGCGAGUUGACAUGUCGGCGGUGUUAACAGGUGUAGGCAUUGGUUAAGUUGUCGGCGAGGUGACGUCGGCGUGUCGGAGGGUUGGUUGACGGCGAGUUGACAUGUCGGCGGUGUUAACAGGUGUAGGCAUUGGUUAAGUUGUCGGCGAGGUGACGUCGGCGUGUUGGCGUGUCGGAGGGUUGGUUGACGGCGAGUUGACAUGUCGGCGGUAUUAACAGGUGUAGGCAUUGGUUAAGUUGUCGGCGAAGUGACGUCGGCGAGUUGAUUAACGGCUAGUUAACAUGUCGGAGGUGUUUACAGGUGUAGGCAUUGGUUAAUUUACCUUUUUUUUCUCUUCCUUAGGUACAAAGGCGUUUCUUGGUUCGUCUCCCAGAUUUUUUCGUCAGAAUAGUCGAUAAAGAUGGUGUCCAUGAUGUUUCUAUUCCCUCUAAAAGUUGAGAAAGGAAAGAUCUAAAUGUUAUCAAAAAAUAAUUUUAGAUCCUGCGCGUU